AUGGCGCACCGUACGCUGAAAUACCGGGCGUUUUUUACCACCGCCACCGCCAGUCUUCUGGUGCUGCUUUUGCUGCCCCUGGUGGCCGGUGACGUUCGCAGUUCACCAAUCGGACCCCGGCCCGUCCGCACCGUCAUGGACCUGAUGGAGGUGAUGCUGAACCAGGACAUUCUCGGGAUGCUGCAAAACGGUGGGUUUGACUUCCGGCAGCCGGCUCGCAUCUUUCUUCCACCCAAGUUCUACUCCGUCGUCCCGCUCGAUCAGGGCCACAUGAGCCCGGAGGAGAUCCUGCGGCUCACGGCAACGCCCGUCGACCUGUCGGCGGUGUCAAUUGGCGGAAAAGCCGCCCACCAACGGCCAUCUGCUGCGGACGGCAGCCGGAUCAACUUGAUUUCGUAUUCCACCGGCAAAGCGACGACGACGACGGCUGAGGGGCGACCCACGGUGGCCAAUAAAGGAAGCGAAACAUUAGAGAAAAAUGUCGGUACAAAUGUGAAUGCGAACGGGGCGGCUCUCUCGGGAACUGGCAGCAGCAGCAGCAGCAGCAGCAGCUCCAACACCAGGAGUAGAAGCGGGUCUGAUACGGCUUCAGCAGCAAACGAGCAGCAGCCGGCUCUAACGACCUCGAUAACGGAUCAAACGGUGUCACAAAAUGUCGGCCGCACACUUCCGACAUCCGGCCCGAGCGGAAGCACGACGGAUCGGCUCCGGUUGGCGCUGCCCGGUGAGCCGGAUGUCGAUUAUCCGAUUUUGGGCAGCGUUCCGACGACGCAGUUCAGCUGCGAGAAGCGCCACCACGGUUAUUAUGCCGACGUCGAGACGCGCUGCCAAGUGUUCCGGGUGUGCGCCAACACGGACUCGACCGGGCGCGGGUUUGCCUUCCUGUGCCCCAACGGGACGCUCUUCAACCAGCGCCAUCUGGUGUGCGAUUGGUACAUGAACGUGCGGUGCGAGGAGAGUGAAAAUUACUACCGUGUGAACGAGGACAUCGGGCGGAUGGCGGGUGGCCGAUCGGUGGUGGGUGAAAACCGGCGCGACAUGAUGCAGAUCGUCAUGUCGAUGGUGAUGCAUCCGAUGCGCACGCUUAUGCAGGCCAUGCAAGGUGGGGCUGGAGAGCGAGCGCUGAGUGUGGGGGAGGUCCAGCCGGUGAAGAACUCGCUCAGUGGAGGAGCGACAAAUGGCGUUUUUCCGACACCUGGAACAGGUCUGGAGCCUCCGUACGAUCGCGAGCGAAGUCAACCGGAAGGUGUAAACGGAAACGCGCCUACCGGAAGUAGCUACGUCACGCAACCGGAAGUGAAUGCAGUUGUUCAGCCACCAUCGAACGCGGUGUACACACCCAACCUGAACGAGGUGUACGUGUCGAAUCUUGGGACGCUGUCCACCGAUCCUGAUUCCGGGUUUGAUCCUGUUCGAUCGACGUUGCUGACUCGCACGGGAGCAUCCGCGGUUCUGGAGUCACAGGACCAAAAGUACGAGGUUUUUCGGCAGCCCCAGAAACAACUGAGCACACUCCCGAAGCUAGGAGGUCCCGGCAUCCAGUUGAUCACGGCCGAUCUCGUGAAGUCUUGGAAUGGACAGGCGAGUUUCCCAUCUCAACCACCAACAAGCACAAGGAUUACAUCGUCUGUAUCCCAGCAACAAGCUCGACCACCUUCACCACCAUCAGCUGUCGCUUUCCGGCAAGGAUCCAUCCUUCCGCCUACCGGCGUUCUACCACCCUCCAGUCUAACCCGCACGGUCUCGAUCGGGUCCGCUGGUCCUUCCAUCGGUUCACCAGCCACCCAUCGGUUCGCACCGGUGCACCGUGUACUCCCGAUCCAGAAGGUGACCGUCGUACCGGAACGCUCGUACCAGCAGCCGGGAAACUUCGAGUACCCGAGGCAAACCACAGCACCGGUGGCCAUAAGUAACGCACCGCGCGUGGAGGUGUACGAAAGUUUGCGAACUUCCCGCGUGGAAGCAACCGAUUCCACACCCGCUCAGGGUGUUCCACAGAUGUCGUACAUUACGCCCGGUAACUUUCCACCGAAGGCGAGGUUUUCAUACGCAACGCCAGCGCACGUCCCGGCACGGCCCUUCCAGCAGUACGUGCAGCAGCCGGCGAGAUCAGCGCAACAGGUUUACGCCGUUAGCCCAGCCAACUACUGGCAAGGUGGCAGAAGUUCGCUACCGACCGCAUCCCAACCGGUACCCUUUCUUCGACGAAAUGAUGGACCUCUAAGGACGGACUAUCAGGCAGCGACGAGUCCUGGGAGAGUGAAAACGACCACCGUGCUGCAGGUGGUGCCUUCGCUUAGCUUCUACCUGAAUGAUGCGAAGGAAAAGCGCGCCUUUGACGAAGCCAUUCGCCAGGGGUUGUUCGACGACCGAAGACGCAGGACUUUCUCGUCGUACGACGUGCCACUCGGGAGUGUUGGCCGGUUGGGGAACACGUUUCCCACGCGGGUCAAAGGCUGCAGAACAUAG